AUGACCGAUCUUUUGGCUCACGUAGUAGAGCAUCAGGGCCAAAAUCUUGUUAAUCAGCCGGAAAACCCUGGUAAUCAUGGAGAGGGUGAGAAUAGAGCCCUUGAACGAUUUCAGAAAUUCUCCCCACCAAAAUUUCUUGGAGGACCAGACCCUGACCUGACCGAGAGAUGGUUGGAGAAGAUGAUCGAUAUUUUUGCCGCGUUGCACUAUACUGAGGAGAAACAGGAAACUCAGACUGUCACCGAAUAUGAGAGCCAGUUCACUAGGUUGUCUAAGUUCGCACCCGAACUAAUUAUGACUGAGCAAAGGAGAAUAAGGUGUUUUGUUCAGGGACUAAAUAUUGAGAUUCAGAAAAACCUGAUUGUAGCCCAACUUAGUGCCUUUAGUGACGCGGUAGAGAAAACUCAACGAGUUAAAAGCGCGAGAUUACAAGUUAGAACCUUCCAGGCGAAGAAACGGGCAAUUCCUGAAAGUGGCGUAGGACAAGAGGAUAUGAGCACACCUCCCAAGUUUGGAAAGGGAAAUGGAGGAGCAAGAUUUUCGCGGAUAUCAGGAGGUGCCUCACAGGGAGGCUCGAUCUCUGCUUCCCGUGGUCCCUGCAUGUACUGUGGAAAGCCGAAUCACACGAAAGAUGUUUGCUGGAAGAAAGGAAGAAAAUGCCUACGUUGCGGAAGUGCAAAUCAUCAAAUCGCUAAUUGCCCAGGCAUAUCUCGAGAAGGGAGUGGGAACCAACAAUCAACCAAAACCAACUCUGACCAGUCGAAGGGUGAAGGGACUGAACCGAAGGUGUCGGCUUGA